CCUGAGUAUGCAGAUGUCGUGUUUCUGGUGGACAGCUCUGAUCACCUGGGAACUAAGUCCUUCCCACUUGUGAAAGCAUUCAUCAACAAAAUGAUCAGCAGUCUGCACAUAGAGGCCCACAAGUACCGCGUGGCCCUGGGCCAGUACAGCGACCAGCUCCACAGUGAGUUCCAGCUGAGCACCUUCAAGAGCAGGAACCCCAUGCUGAACCACCUCAAGAAGAACUUCAGCUUCAUUGGCGGCUCCCUGAGGAUCGGCAACGCUCUCCGGGAGGCCCACAGGACCUACUUCUCUGCAGUGGCCAGCAGGAGGGACAGGAAGCAGUUUCCCCCGAUUCUGGUGGUCCUGGCUUCCGCGGAGUCUGAGGAUGACGUGGAAGAGGCCUCCAAGGCCCUGCGGGAAGACGGGGUGAGGAUCGUCUCUGUGGGGCUGCAGGAUGCUUCUGAGGAGGAGCUGAAGGCCAUGGCCACCGCUCAGUUCCAUGUCAAGCUCCGGUCGGUCAGGGACCUCGGCGCGUUUUCCCAAAACAUGACACAGAUCAUCAAGGACGCCACCCAGUACAGGGAUGGAGCAGCCGAUGAUAUUCUUGUAGAAGUUUGCCAAGGCCCGUCUGUGGCUGAUGUGGUGUUCCUGCUGGAUGUGUCUGUCAAUGGCAGCCAGGAGAACUUUGAAUAUCUUAAGGAAUUCCUGGAAGAGAGUGUAUCUGCUCUUGACAUAAAGGAAAACUGCAUGAGGGUUGGCCUCGUGACCUACAGCAAUGAGACGAAGGUGAUAAAUUCACUCAGCAGGGGCUUAAAUAAGUCAGAGGUUCUCCAGAAUAUACAGAACCUCUCUCCCCGGGCUGGGAAGGCUUACACAGGAGCUGCCAUCAGAAAGAUCAGGAAGGAAGUGUUCAGUGCACGCAAUGGCAGUCGGAAGAAUCAGGGGGUGCCCCAGAUUGCCGUGCUGGUGACCCACAGACCCUCAGAGGAUAAUGUGACCAAGGCAGCCGUGAACCUCCGGCGCGAGGGCGUGACCAUUUUCACCAUGGGCGUCGAGGGGGCCAGCGAGAGCCAGCUAGAAAAGAUCGCCUCUCACCCCUCCGAGCAGCACGUGUCCAAACUGAAAACCUUCUCCGACCUGGCCGCUCACAACCAGACGUUUCUGAAGAAGCUGCGGAACCAGAUAACGCACACGGUCUCUGUUUUUUCAGAGCGCACUGAAACUCUCAAAUCCGGUUGUGUGGAUACUGAAGAAGCAGACAUUUAUCUGCUCAUUGAUGGCUCUGGAAGCACCCAGGCCACAGACUUCCACGAAAUGAAGACCUUCCUGUCAGAGGUGGUAGGGAUGUUCAACAUCGCUCCCCAAAAGGUGCGGGUUGGGGCUGUCCAGUAUGCUGACAGCUGGGACUUGGAAUUUGAGAUCAGUAAAUACACUAACAAGCACGACUUGGGAAAGGCCAUCGAGAACAUCCGGCAGAUGGGUGGGAACACAAACACGGGGGCAGCCCUGAAUUUCACACUAGGGCUCUUGCAAAAAGCAAAGAAGCAGCGAGGAAACCGAGUGCCUUGUCUUCUUGUUGUCCUGACGAAUGGCAUGUCCAAGGAUAGCAUCUUGGAGCCUUCGAACAGACUGAGAGAAGAGCUCAUUCGUGUUUAUGCCAUUGGGGUCAAGGAGGCCAACCAAACACAGCUGCGAGAAAUUGCAGGCGAGGAAAAGAGGGUAUACUACGUGCAUGACUUUGACGCUUUGAAAGACAUAAGAAACCAAGUUGUUCAAGAAAUCUGUGCUGAAGAAGCCUGCAAAGAGAUGGAAGCGGACAUCGUGUUUCUGGUGGACAGUUCUGGCAGUAUAGGACUUGAAAAUUUCAUCAAAAUGAAAACAUUUAUGAAAAGCCUGGUGAGCAAAUCUCAGAUUGGGGCAGAUCGGGUACAAAUCGGUGUAGUCCAGUUCAGCGACAUCAAUAAGGAGGAAUUUCAGCUCAACAGAUAUAUGUCCCAAAAUGACAUUUCAGAUGCAAUAGACCGGAUGACGCACAUUGGAGAAACCACCUUGACUGGUAGUGCCCUGACCUUUGUGUCUCAGUACUUCAGCCCUGCCAAGGGGGCCCGGCCCAAUGUCAGAAAGUUUCUCAUCCUUAUCACUGACGGUGAAGCUCAGGACAUAGUCAAGGACCCAGCAGUAGCACUUCGACAAGAAGGCAUAAUUAUCUACUCUGUGGGGGUGUUUGGUUCCAAUGUCACCCAGCUUGAGGAAAUCAGCGGGAGGCCAGAGAUGGUUUUUUAUGUUGAGAAUUUUGAUAUCCUGCAGCACAUUGAAGAUGAUCUUGUUUUUGGAAUAUGCAGCCCCCGUGAAGAAUGCAAGAGGAUAGAAGUUUUGGAUGUUGUGUUUGUAAUUGACAGCUCUGGAAGCAUUGACCAUGAUGAAUAUAGUAUCAUGAAAGACUUUAUGGUUGACUUGGUGAAAAAAGCUGAUGUUGGCAAGAAUCAGGUCCGGUUUGGGGCUCUGAAGUAUGCUGAUGACCCAGAGGUGCUGUUUUAUCUGGGUGACCUUGGCACAAAAUCGGAGGUGAUUUCGGUGCUCCAGAAGGACCAGCCCAUGGGGGGCAAUACUUACACCGCCGAGGCCUUAGGCUUCUCAGACCACAUGUUCACUGAAGCCCGGGGCAGCCGUCUGCACAAAGGGGUCCCCCAAGUCCUCAUUGUGAUCACCGAUGGGGAAUCCCACGAUGCUGAUAAGCUCAAUGCCACAGCCAAGGCCUUGAGGGACAAAGGCAUUCUUGUCCUGGCCGUGGGGAUUGCUGGUGCUAAUCCCGUGGAGCUGCUAGCCAUGGCAGGCUCGAGUGACAAAUACUUCUUUGUGGAGACGUUUGGAGGCCUGAAGGGAAUAUUUUCAGAUGUGUCAGCCAGUGUAUGUAACUCUUCAAAAGUAGAUUGUGAAAUUGAAAAAGUAGAUCUUGUUUUCCUCAUGGAUGGUUCAAAUAGCAUUCAUCCAGAUGACUUCAAGAAGAUGAAGGCAUUCCUGGCAUCUGUUGUUCAAGACUUUGAUGUCAGUGUCAACAGAGUACGUAUAGGUGCUGCUCAGUUUAGCCAUACCUAUCGGCCAGAAUUUCCACUGGGUACUUUCAUAGGCAAAGAGGAGAUAUCAUUUCAGAUUGGAAACAUCCAGCAGAUCUUUGGAUACACACACAUUGGCGCUGCACUCCGGCACGUGGGGCAUUACUUCCAGCCAGACAUGGGCAGCCGGAUAAAUGCAGGUACCCCGCAGGUGUUGCUGGUCCUCACAGAUGGCCAGUCCCAAGAUGAGGUGGCGCAGGCUGCUGAAGACCUGAGACACAAAGGUAUUGACAUUUACUCUGUGGGCAUUGGGGACGUGGAUGAUCAGCAGCUCAUUCAGAUCACCGGGACUGCAGAUAAGAAGCUAACGGUUCAUAACUUUGAUGAACUGACAAAGGUCAAAAAAAGGAUAGUUCGCAACAUCUGUACCUCGGGGGGUGAGAGCAGUAAGUAUUUAAUAUGUGCCCAAUGGGCAGCUCAUGGCCGAAGAGGACAUACAGGUCCACAGGGGAAAACAGGCAUCCCAGGCCCAGAUGGACUUGAAGGCUCAUGGGGACUUAAGGGCCCUCAGGGUCCCAGAGGAGAGACUGGUAUGAAAGGCGAGAAAGGAGGUCUGGGAAGUAAAGGUCCUCAGGGGCCUCCAGGACCAGGAGGAGAAGCAGGGAGUCCAGGCCAUUUGGGAAGCCAAGGAAAUAAA